AUGGACCACCCCCACGUCCAGAUCAAGGAGUCCUGGCUCGUGGGCCGGGCGCUCCUCAACUUCACGUCGAUUUUUGUCUCGCUCGGAGUGUUUCUCUUCGGGUUUGAGCAGGGGUUGAUGAGCUCGCUCUUGACCAACAAGUUCUUCAAGUCCUACUACAACAACCCCACGCCAGCCGAGGUGGGAACCAUGAUUGCCAUCCUUGAGAUCGGCGCCCUCUUCUCGUCAUUCGUGGCUGGUAAGGUAGGUGACAAGGUGGGGCGCCGCAGGACUAUCCGCAUUGGCUCGUUUAUCUUCGUGGUUGGCGGCAUCAUCCAGGCGUCUUCCGUUAACAUCCUUAAUCUCGCAGGCGGUAGGUUCAUCAGUGGUAUUGCUAUCGGCUUCUUGACCACCAUUAUCCCUUGCUACCAGUCGGAAAUCAGUCCCCCAGACGACAGAGGGUUCUACGCGUGCUUGGAGUUCACAGGCAACAUCGUGGGAUACUCAGCCAGCAUCUGGGUGGACUACGGCUUCUCGUACAUCCAGAACGACUUGUCGUGGCGCUCUCCUCUCGUGGUGCAAUGUGUGGUGGGUUUGGCGUUGUAUUUGGGGUCGUUUGUGAUAGUGGAAACGCCACGCUGGCUCCUCGACCACGAUCACAACUACGAGGGCAUGAUUGUGAUUGCCGAUCUCUACGCUGAUGGUGACGUCGAGGACGAGAGCGCCAGAGACGAGUACAGAAACAUCAAGGAGUCCAUUCUUUUGGCCCGCAUUGAGGGUGGUGAACGCUCCUACCGCUACUUAUUCACCAAGUACACCAAGCGGCUCUCUGUGGCAUGCUUCUCGCAGAUGUUCGCCCAGAUGAACGGUAUCAACAUUAUCUCGUACUACGCUCCCAUGAUUUUCGAAUCUGCUGGCUGGGUGGGACGUGACGCCAUUUUGAUGACAGGCAUCAACUCCAUCAUCUACAUCCUCAGCACCAUUCCACCCUGGUACCUCGUGGAUGCGUGGGGUCGUAAGCCGUUGUUGUUGUCGGGAGCCGUGUUGAUGGCAGUGCCAUUGUCGUUGAUCUCGUAUUCGCUCUACUUGAACAAUCAGUACACAGCACACACUGUGGUUGCGUGUGUGAUCGUCACCAAUGCAGCUUUCGGUUACAGUUGGGGACCCAUUCCGUGGUUGAUGAGUGAGGUGUUCCCCAACUCAGUACGGUCCAAGGGAGCAGCCAUGGCUACCGCUACCAACUGGUUGUUUAACUUCAUUGUGGGUGAAAUGACCCCCAUUUUGCUUGACUCCAUCAAGUGGAAAACCUACUUGAUUCCAGCGCUGUCGUGCGUGUUGUCGUUCCUUGCAGUCGAGUUCUUGUUCCCAGAAACCAAGGGGUUGAAUUUGGAGGACAUGGGGUCGGUUUUCGACGACAACUCGUCCAUUUUCUCGUUCCAUUCCAGUGGAGCGUCCAACUACGGCUCCACAGACGGUAUUGACGUCCACAGAACCAGCGUGGCCGUGGACUCGCCCAACCAUGCCAGCUCCAUCAACGAGGUGUUCCGUCAGAGUGGCACACCCUCCAGCGCAGCAUCCAAGGCUAGAAACCCAGCUUUGAUGCGGCCUGAGUAUGACGGAAUAAUCACUGGCACCCCACCUCCCCCUCCACCUCCUCAGCUGGCGCAAGCUCCCUUGAAACCCGUUCAAUCGGACGCCUCUUCCGUCAGCGAUGGCUACACCCAGUUCGACCCCAAUGCGAUUCCACAGGAAAUCCAGCCCCCAAGCCUCGAGGAAAUUCUCCACUUCAAGCUCCAGCAGCUGAAGGAGCCAAAUGGCUUCGUGUCGUUUUAUCGGUCCAUUUUUGGCCCUAGGAGCAGUGCUCGUGCCACUGCCAAAAACGCCGACGAAGAGAGCCAAUUGCUACAAGCAGGUCUGUCGUAG